AUGCCAAAGAGAGCGCGUAUGGAUAGCAUGCGGGGUCCCAUCGCUAACGGACCCCUGCAAUCUAGGCCCCUAGUGGCGUUAUUAGACGGUCGCGAUUGCACCGUCGAGAUGCCAAUACUGAAGGAUGUAGCGACAGUUGCGUUUUGCGACGCCCAGUCCACGUCGGAGAUACACGAGAAGGUGCUGAACGAGGCUGUAGGGGCUCUGAUGUGGCACACCAUCAUCCUCACCAAGGAAGACCUCGAGAAGUUCAAAGCAUUGAGGAUCAUAGUGCGCAUAGGUUCCGGCGUGGACAAUAUAGAUGUCAAAGCGGCCGGAGAAUUGGGUAUAGCCGUAUGUAACGUUCCGGGUUAUGGUGUGGAGGAAGUGGCUGACACGACAAUGUGUCUCAUAUUGAACCUAUACCGGCGGACAUACUGGCUCGCGAAUAUGGUACGGGAAGGAAAGAAAUUCACAGGCCCGGAGCAGGGGCGCGAGGCGGCGACGGGAGGCGCGCGCAUCCGCGGCGACACGCUGGGCAUAGUGGGGCUCGGCCGCAUCGGCUCGGCCGUCGCGCUGCGCGCCAAGGCCUUCGGCUUCAACGUCAUCUUUUACGACCCCUACCUGCCCGACGGCAUCGAGAAGUCGCUCGGCCUCACCAGGGUCUACACGCUGCAGGACCUCCUAUUCCAGAGUGAUUGUGUGUCAUUGCACUGCAGCCUAAAUGAGCACAAUCAUCACCUCAUCAAUGAGUUCACUAUCAAACAGAUGCGUCCAGGCGCGUUCCUGGUGAACACUGCUCGCGGCGGUUUAGUGGACGACGAAGGCCUGGCUACUGCAUUAAAACAAGGUCGAAUCCGUGCCGCCGCACUUGAUGUACACGAAAACGAACCUUUCAAUGUUUUCCAGGGUCCGCUGAAGGAGGCGCCGAACGUGUUGUGCACGCCGCACGCGGCGUUCUACUCGGACGCGUCGGCGCAGGAGCUGCGCGAAAUGGCGGCGUCGGAGAUCCGGCGGGCCAUCGUAGGCCGCAUCCCCGAGUGCCUGCGCAACUGCGUCAACAAGGACUACUUCCUGGCCGGCGCCGCGCCCGUGCUGGGUGCGCCCGCGCCGCCGCUGCCCGCACCCGCGCAGUACACCGACGCGGUCAACGGCGGCUACUACGGCGGCGCACAGGCCGCGCACUCCACCACCGUGCACGAGCCCGCGCUGCCGCCGCAGCCCGCGCCGCCGCCGCAGCCGCCUCAGCCGCCCAUCUCGCUCCCAAUCAAUACUUCGGACCCGGCCAACCACCAGAUGACCAAGCAGGAGAGCUCCGACGUCCACUAG